CAGAGCCGCAGUCCGACGCAGGAGGCAGGAAGCGCCGCGGCUCGUGUCGGGGCGCGAGACCGGUAACCAGAGUCGGACGGCAUUCCUCACCGCACGCGGAGGCGAACGGAGACCCAGCACGAUGGCAGAACAGGAUGUGGAGAACGAGCUUCUGGAUUAUGAGGAAGAUGAAGAGCCCCAGGCGCCCCCGGAGAGCACCCCAGCUCCCCCCAAGAAAGACGUCAAGGGCUCCUAUGUUUCCAUCCACAGCUCUGGCUUCCGGGACUUCUUGCUGAAACCAGAGCUUCUGAGGGCCAUCGUGGACUGUGGCUUUGAGCACCCGUCUGAGGUCCAGCACGAGUGCAUUCCCCAAGCCAUCCUGGGCAUGGACGUCCUGUGCCAGGCCAAGUCCGGGAUGGGCAAGACGGCGGUCUUCGUGCUGGCCACCCUGCAGCAGAUUGAGCCCGUCAACGGGCAGGUGACUGUCCUGGUCAUGUGUCACACUCGGGAGCUGGCAUUCCAGAUCAGCAAGGAAUACGAACGCUUCUCCAAGUACAUGCCCACUGUCAAGGUGUCUGUGUUCUUCGGGGGCCUUUCCAUCAAGAAGGACGAAGAGGUGUUGAAGAAGAACUGUCCUCAUGUGGUGGUGGGGACGCCCGGCCGCAUCCUGGCCCUCGUGCGCAACAGGAGCCUUAACUUGAAGAACGUGAAGCACUUCGUGCUGGACGAAUGCGACAAGAUGCUGGAGCAGCUGGACAUGCGGCGGGACGUGCAGGAGAUCUUCCGCCUGACACCCCACGAGAAGCAGUGCAUGAUGUUCAGCGCCACCCUGAGCAAGGAGAUCAGGCCAGUGUGCAGGAAGUUCAUGCAAGACCCCAUGGAGGUGUUUGUAGACGAUGAGACCAAGCUCACGCUGCACGGGCUUCAGCAGUACUACGUCAAGCUCAAGGACAGCGAGAAGAACCGCAAGCUGUUUGAUCUCUUGGACGUGCUGGAGUUUAAUCAGGUGGUGAUCUUCGUGAAGUCCGUGCAGCGCUGCAUGGCCCUGGCGCAGCUCCUCGUGGAGCAGAACUUCCCGGCCAUCGCUAUCCACAGGGGCAUGGCCCAGGAGGAGCGUCUGUCGCGCUAUCAGCAGUUCAAAGACUUCCAGCGGCGGAUCCUGGUGGCCACCAAUCUGUUUGGUCGAGGGAUGGACAUCGAGCGAGUCAACAUCGUCUUCAACUAUGACAUGCCGGAAGACUCAGACACCUACCUCCACCGAGUGGCCCGUGCAGGACGUUUUGGGACCAAAGGUCUAGCCAUCACUUUUGUGUCGGAUGAGAACGAUGCCAAAAUCCUCAACGACGUGCAGGACAGGUUUGAAGUGAAUGUGGCAGAACUUCCCGAGGAAAUCGACAUCUCUACGUACAUUGAGCAGAGCCGGUAACCUCGCACCUGACGGGCAGAACCGCCCUGGCUCCUGAGCACCACUUCGAGUCCUCUUUCUAGGCACCAGCGGGGCCUCCCUUUUUACUGUUUACAAGCUGUAGAUUUGUGUAGGAGUAAAGUUUUAUUAUGGAA